AUGUCGGACACAUCCAAAGAUGACGAAGACAGCAGUUCGAAUAACAAUAAUUCGCUUCCUACCGUUAUUUACACCGAUUCUACAGAACCUGAAAAUUCUCAACCAAAUUUAUCCACUUCAGAGUCAAAGCUGUCCUUACCUUCGGCUGUAGGUACCCCUACUUCGCCUUUAUUGGUGAACAGUCCAUUGUCUUUGCCGAAUUCACCCACUCCCUUCGUCAAAACCCUUCAAACAAUACCCAAUAAAUCCUUUGAGCAGUCUCUUCACAAAUCACCAACUAAACAAAACACGAUGAAGCCGGCAGAUUCGGGAUCAGCUACAGGUUGGUAA